AUGGAGCAGCCGCCGUCGCCCCCCUUAGCGCCGCGAGCCGUGUAUAAAAGUAACCUUCUUUCCAUAAUAAUGGCCAUUCGUCACUUCUUUAACUGUCAGAGGACGAGGGACGCAAACAAAGUGGGAUUUAACAAGGUGUGUGCAGAGCCAGGAGAGACGCUGAGGGGGGUCAGACCAUUCAAAUGGUCCUCAGCCGUAAUGUGACACAAUCUGCCAACAUUACUGCUCUGAUGUGUUCAGGGAACCUGGGACCAAAGUGCAGCGAUGGAACCAAAUGGGCCCUGUGGUUGUUAAAGAAGAUGGGGAGGAAGUGAGAGGGAUCCCUGAGGAUGAGUCUGUGAGGUCUCUGAGGGAGGACCCGGUCUGCCUGAAACUUUAAAGUACAAAACUUUCUUCUGCUCCGUCAUCCUGAUUCAGUCUAGAGUGAUCACUUCUGCAGAGUUAAAGGAAUCAGAGAUUCUCAGAGUUCAGACUGAUAUUUUAAAACAUACUCGAUGUAAACCUGUCCUGAACCUUCUGACAUGUUCACAACCUGGAGUCAGGUCGUUGAUUCAGUGUGGUUGAAAGUUUCUCACAAGUUUUCUUUCGGUCGUGACAGGAAGCUUAUCUACCUGAAAACAGCAGGAAAGAAUAUUCAUGUUUUUCUGACUGAACAGCUCACCACCUCAUUAAUAACUUCUUUGUAAACAAAGGCCCAUUACAGCCGGUGUAGAUACCAGAUGUGUUCAGGCUGCCAGAUCAGCGCUCUAUGAUUGGCUGGAAGUUUGUUUGGAUGACGUAGAAGAUUCUGGUUUGCAGUUUUCGUCAGAUUAGGUUUCCUGGGAUCGUAGUUCUUCGGAGAAAACAUGGAUGAAUUUUACAAAGUAAUCUGCCACGACUUAUCAAACGGGACUUAUGACAACAGGACUACCGCCUCUUUUAGGUCGCCAAAGGAAAUGUGGAAUAAAAGCAAAACUAUCUAUUGAUAAACAGAGAUCCUGUGUAGGGCUGUACCGAUACGAUAUUGAUACUGGAUAUCCGAUAUCAGCCAAACAACUAAUAUCGAAUUAUAUUGGCUUGCAUCUAAAAUCUCCAAUAUUAGCAUUCCGAUACAAGCAGUCCAUUCCAGACUCCACUCCGGCACCUCUAUCUAACAGCACUCAUAUCCAGCAUGUAGAGCCCAUGUGAUCACAACAACAGUGUGUACUAAGGUACGAACAAAGUACCAAGGAGGAGGAGUGAUGUCGGCUGUGUGGCGGUACUUUUCGUUAAAGUCCAAAAAGACAUCGCAGCUGAGUGCAAAACUUGUCAUCCACAAGUUUGUGAAAAUAUUGGAUCAACAUCGGUAUCGGCUGAUACUAAAGGUUACAACAUCGGUAUCGGAAGUAAAAAAGUUGUAUCGGGACACCGCUAAUCUUGCGCAAAUCUUUUUUUUCUUUUUCCUUUAAAAAAGUUAACAUUUAAAUUUAAAGCCAUCUAAAAAAUCACAGUACAGUCAGUUGUAGUUCUCUGUUUAAUAUGGCGAGAAAGUUUUGAGGUUAAUUGAAUGAACAAACGAGAAUAAAGAAAACCGUGAGGGGCUUUUAACUGAGCGCAUUUGACUGUUUAAAUGGAGCGCAGUGUAGUUUGUCCAAAAGGACUUGCUGUAGUGUGACGUCUUCAACAGGCACUGGGCCCCGAGCCGAUCUGGCAGCCCGAACACAACUGGUACCGACACCAGAGCUCUUCAUCCAAUAAAGACCCUUCUUUACAACAGUAGCUGAAGCAACAGUGCAAGGCUGUGUAAAAAGUAACACCCAUGAACUGUACUUAACUUUACAUCAAUAGAAGAGCGGGACUCAUUUCACAGACGACCCCAGUGUGAAAAAAAUGAGGAGUUUUUGAGCUGUAAAUCAUGAAGAGCUACGCUGAAGGUGUCCCUGACCAGCAUCAUGACAGAUAUAGAUGAAUAUUAUAGUUCCUGUAAUCAUCUAGUUAGACUGAAUGUUCAGCUGACAGUUUAACAUCAGAACAAAACCUGUUUGUUGAGUCUGAGACUAUUUAAACAGCUGAGCUCUGUCAGGGUCAUACAUGACACACAGUUAAAGUAAGCUGUGUACACGUGUGUGUGUGUGUGUGUGUGUGUGUGUGUGUGUGUGUGUGUGUGUGUGUGUGUGUGUGUGUGUGUGUGUGUGUGACAUAUGGCAGUUUAAUGAAGGCCUUGGUGUGGCUGACACUUCAGUCGAUACAGUAUUGGCGUUCCAGUUAAGCCAACAAACGAGCAGAUUAUUGUGUCGCCUCCUGUUAGUGAACAGAUCAUAUAAAGCCAUCCAUCACAGACACACACAGACACACACACGCACACACGCACACAGACACACACACACACAGAAUCAGAUCAGACCUGUAUAAUGCACUCUGUAGAACAGGGUCUAUCUUAGUCUGGAUCCUAUCGUGUCCCUAGAUCUCCUCCAAAGGCGGCCGCUGCGGCGCUCAGUUUCUCUACAGCCUCUUACGACACACUGGCCAAUCAGACGCUUCCUGUUCUCCAGAUAUGUGGGAGUCUCAGCGGGCGGUGGUCUCUGCGCUGCCGCAGAUAAAGACAGAUGACGGAGAGUCUAAAGACAUGUGA